AUGUCGUCUCCGUAUACUGUGAGGUGGGGUAUUCUGGCCACCGGCUGGAUUGCUGAGACCUUCACCAAGGAUCUCCUCACUAACCCAGCUUCCCGUGAUGUCCAUGAUGUGCGCCAUCAGGUCGUUGCCGUGUCCUCGUCCAGCUCCAAGGAGAAAGCUGCCGAGUUCAUCAAGAAGGUGGAUGCUCCCAGCUCAGCAAAGGCCUAUGGUUCUUACCAUGAGCUGGUAGCUGACCCCGAUGUCGAUAUCAUCUAUGUUGCUACACCACACAGCCACCACUUCCAAAACGCCAUGCUUGCCCUCGAUGCUGGCAAGAAUGUGCUCUGCGAGAAGUCCUUGACUGUGACUGCUGCCCAGACCCGCAAGCUCAUCGAGACUGCUCGCUCCAAGAACCUCUUCUUCAUGGAGGCUGUGUGGACUCGCUACUUCCCCCUGAGCAUCAAGGUCAGGGAGUUGAUCACAUCCGGUGCCAUCGGCAACGUGUACCGUACUAUUGCCGACCUCUCUGUUGGCCGUGAUGCCCCCGAGGGCAAGAUUGACUUCCCCGAUGAGAACCGCAUGGUCAACGCCGACUUGGCCGGCGGUGCUCUCUUGGAUCUUGGCAUUUACGCCUUGACUUGGGUCUUCCAGUCUCUGUACCACACCCAGCCUGAAGCAGAGAAGGAAGCGCCCAAUGUCAUCGCUGCCGUCAACAAGUACCACACUGGUGCUGAUGAGACCACCAGCAUCAUCCUCCAGUUCCCCAAGCACAAGAGCCACGGUAUCGCUCUGACCUCUCUUCGGGUGGCCUCUGAACCUGACAACAAGGACACCGCCGGUGCCUCCAUCCGCAUCCAGGGCGGCCUUGGUGAAAUUCAGGUCGUUGGGCCUGCCUACCGCCCACGUCAGCUGAGAGUCAUCACCAAGGAGAGCGAUGGCAAGGCCGAGGUCAUUGACUUUGCCAUCCCCAAGGACAAGGAGCGUAACUGGGGCCACGGCAUGUUCUGGGAAGCUGACGAGGCCGCCCGCUGCCUGCGUGACGGGCAGAAGGAGAGCAAGACUCUGCCAUGGAGCGAGAGCAUUGUCAUCAUGGAGGUCAUGGACGAAACCCUGAAGCAGGGCGGUGUGACAUACCCCGAGUUGAUUUCGACUGACGUCUUUGACCCCCAAAGUCCUCUCAACACUGGAAAGAGGUAA